CAUUUUUUGUCCAAAACUCCUCUCAUACGUGAUUCAUCGUGAUAUGUCUCAAAAUCUAAACAAAAGGAACGACCCCUCAAAACACAACAGCUACCGACAUACAGCAGUGGUGGAUGAAGUGAAAGGAAUCCUACGAGUAGGUGGUGCUCUUGUGUCACUGAAUACAGAGGUCUUGUGAAAACCAUGGUGGAAACCUAUCGAACCUACUGAACAGAUGGGACGACAGGAGCACUGGAGCUGACGGCCUGGACAGAGGAACAGGUAAUGGUGAGAAAAGAUGUCAGAGCAAAGGCAACGUUCCCUGUCCACCUCAGGAGAGACCCUCUAUCUAGUCCUGGGCCUCGACAAGACUUCUACACCGGAUGACAUCAAGAAGUCCUACAGAAAACUUGCUUUGAAAUAUCAUCCAGACAAGAACCCAGAGAACCCGAACGCCACAGAUAAAUUCAAGGAGCUCAACAAUGCCCACUCCGUGCUGUCAGAUGCCUCCAAGAGGAACAUCUACGACAGCUAUGGCUCCCUCGGUCUGUACGUGGCACAGCAGUUUGGAGAGGAGAACGUCAAUGCUUAUUUCAUGCUCUCCAGUUGGUGGGCAAAGGGCCUGUUUGCGGUCUGCGGCGUGCUAACAGGCUGCUACUUCUGCUGCUGCCUGUGCUGCUGUUUCAACUGCUGCUGUGGGAAGUGUAAACCCAAAACUCUUGGAGAGGAGGACCCCGACACCUACGUGUCCCCUGAAGACCUGGAGGAGCAGAUCCGCACAGACAUGGAGACAGACGCUGACGACAUCCCCAUAAUACAGCAGCCAACCAAUGCAAGCGAGAGGACCGGGUUGAUUGGUGACGGACGACGGGCCUAUACCUAACACAACUAAGAAGAAAGACCGGAGGACGGGUGAUGUCAUAGGGAUUCCAGAACUGGCUUUAAAUACCUGUAUUUGAGUAUUUGUUAUUUGAAUACUUAUUUUGAUAUAUUUUAGUAUUUUCAAAUAAUGUGGCCCGAAUCACUUACAACUAAGUAUUUGAAAGUGUUUUCAAAUAAUUUCCUAUAAAUAGCCUACUAUUUAACUUGUUUCAAAAACUAUUUUCCAAUACCUGGGUUAAGUGCAUGGUAGUGUAUUUGAGUCAUUUGAGUCUGUAUUUUCAAAUACAUUCCAAUAUUCAACUACUUGUCUUUUGAAAUAAAACAUAUCUACUUACUUCCAAAUGUAUUUUAAAGUAAUUUAAAUACCCUAAAUAGUAUUUGAACCCAGGAUCUGAGGGGAUUCAUUCAUUGACCUGGUAGAUCCCAAAAGGGUUCCAAUUACAUUCCACCCCUUGACUACACUUUGUAAAUUGAACCCAGGAUCUGAGGGGAUUCAUUCAUUGACCUAGUAGAUCCCAAAAGGGUUCCAAUUACAUUCCACCCCUUGACUACACUUUGUAAAUUCUGAAUGAGUGUUAGUUUGUGUGCAUUGUGUUUGUUUGUUAUUUAUUCUGAACAAAAUACAAAGUAUCCCUAGAAUUGUGCAUUUAAAAUUGUGGCUGUGAAAGAAUUGAGAGAUGUCAGUAUUUUGUCAUGUGAGCAAUAAAGACUGCCCUUUUUGAAAUGUUA